AUGGGGCCGAGUAUAGAGUCACUUCUUCCUCCUCUGACACCCGAAUCAUUACGAUGUAUCUAUCGACUUCAGCGAUAUGUACCUCCAGUUGAAAGUAGGCGAAUCCCAAGGAAGAGAUCAGCGGCUGUAGCUGUAGUUUUGUUCGUUGGUCGUUUAGGCGAUUUAUAUGUCCUUCUAUCCACCCGUGCGGGAGAUAUGCGGACUUACGCUCAUGAUACGGCUUUGCCAGGAGGUAAAUAUGAGGAAGGCGAUGUUGAUCCGGAAGGAACGGCUAGGAGAGAAGCAUUUGAAGAGAUUGGAUUACCCAUGGAUAGAGAGAAAGUGGUGAAAUUAUGUGAAAUGGAGAAAUUCAUGACUGGAAAUUCGUUGAUUGUGACUCCUGUUAUACUCAUCGUGACGGAUCAUACAUUAUCACCCCUCCUAAACCCUUCUGAAGUCGGACGAUUAUUUUCAAUGCCAUUAAGUGCAUUCUUACAUUCCAGACCAUCCCAAAUCCCUUCAUUUCACUAUAGGAUCUCACAUCGACUUUCAAAGAUCCCUUAUUGGGUUAUCGAUAAUAUACCACCACCCCCGCCGGUCCUCUAUGCCCAAGGUCUGGGAGGGGAAGAUGUGAUUGGCGGUAAAGAAGGUAGGUUUUACGGGUAUAGAGAUAUUCAAUGGGGUGAAGGGAAAGUAAGGUUUCAUAGAUUCUUGACAGGACGAGAAUCGGAAGGUGUUAAACCUGUUUAUGGAUUGACUGCCGCAAUCCUCAUACAUUCUGCUUCGAUAGGAUACGAUCAAGCUCCUGAUUUCGACGUACAAGCUCCCGGACAAAAAUCGAUGAUGGAAAGGAUGACGCACGAGAUACGGCAGGGUGAAGGACCUUUGAGAAGAGCAGUGGAUCAAGAGGGUUUAUGGGAAGACUGGAAAGGCGAUCAAGACGUGAAAGCAAAAUUAUAA